AUGUUCCAUCUGAUUCCCAUGGUGUUCCAUCAACUUCCGAAUGUACUGGUGUCCCAUCAGGAUCAGAAUCCACUGGUGCUCCAUCUGGAGCUGAAUCUACUGGUGUUCCAUCUGAAUCAAAUGUUGUCCCAUCUGGUGCUGAAUCUACUGGCGCUCCAUCUGAAUCCACUGGUGUUCCAUCAGGAGCAGAAUCUACUGGCGCUCCAUCUGAAUCUACUGGUGUCCCAUCUGGCGCUGAAUCUACUGGUGUUCCAUCUGGUGCUGAAUCUACUGGCGCUCCAUCUGAAUCUACUGGUGUUCCAUCUGGUGCUGAAUCUACUGGCGCUCCAUCUGAAUCUACUGGUGUCCCAUCUGGCGCUGAAUCUACUGGUGUUCCAUCUGGUGCUGAAUCUACUGGCGCUCCAUCUGAAUCUACUGGUGUUCCAUCUGGUGCCGAAUCUACUGGUGUCCCAUCUGAAUCCACUGGUGUUCCAUCUGGUGCUGAAUCUACUGGUGUUCCAUCUGAAUCCACUGGUGUUCCAUCUGGUGCUGAAUCUACUGGUGUUCCAUCUGGUGCUGAAUCUACUGGCGCUCCAUCUGAAUCUACUGGUGUUCCAUCUGGUGCCGAAUCUACUGGUGUUCCAUCUGAAUCCACUGGUGUUCCAUCUGGUGCCGAAUCUACUGGCGCUCCAUCUGGUGCUGAAUCUAACACAGGUGACAACACUACUUCGUUGUCAUCUGUUGAAAUUCCAGAUACAACUACUUGCUACAGUACUAUUCCAAGUACUGAUAGUGAUGAAGUAA